AGUCACUCCUCAAAUUCAAAGUUACAGCUUUUUUUCCCCCCAGUGAUUGAAGAUGUGGUGGAUUUUGCUGUUCUUGGAAUGGUUUGUAGACUGGGCUCGUGGCACAUUCUGGUACCUGUUUGGCAGGAGAAGUGGCCUGUGCAAGGGUACCAUCAGUCCUCAGGGCCAGCUAGUAGUAGACCAGGAGAAAAAAGACAGAUUGCUUCAGAAAGAAUAUGCUUCAAAUGAAGUACCCGAUAACUUGGAUGCCAUCGUGAUUGGUAGUGGCAUUGGUGGCCUGACGGCAGCUGCAGUUUUAGCAAGGCUUGGAAAGAAAGUCCUGGUACUGGAGCAAGACAAGCAGGCAGGAGGCCUUUGUAAGACUUUCACUGAGAAGGGCUUUGAGUUUGACUGUGGCUUCUAUUAUGUUGGUCAACUUCAUGAGAACGGCUUCCUGAAGAUUGCUUUGGAUUUGAUCACUGAUGGCCAAGUGCACUUUGCUGAGCAAGGUUCACAUGUGGAAACCGUUGUUAUUGGUAAAGGACCUGAGUGUAAAGAAUACACUAUCUAUAAUGGUAAGAAGCAGAUGGAGGCUCAUCUGAAGAAGCAGUUUCCCAAUGAUGCUAAAGCAGUAGAGGAAUUCUUUAAAAUAAUGAAGAUUUGUUCUAAGAAGAUCCAUCUGCUUUGUAUGCUGAAGAUGGUCCCACUCUGGUUUGCUCGCUUUAUAUUGAGGACUGGAAUUGCUGACUUGAUUUCCCCAAUUUUUAAAUACUCCCGCACCAGUACAUCAGAGGUGGUCAAGUCUCUUACCAGCAACCAGGACCUCCUCACGGUGUUCUCAAAAACAUUUUAUGGUGUCCCACCCAAAAACUCCAGCUGCAUGAUUGAUGCCCUCUUCCUACACCACUCAAAACGUGGUGUGUACUAUCCUAAGGGUGGUGCUAGUGAAAUCCCAUAUCAUAUCAUCCAGCUUCUGGAGAAGCAUGGUGGAAAAGUCCUGGUCAAUGCUCCAGUUUCUAGAGUUCUAGUUGAUGAGCAACAAAAUGCAUAUGGUGUGGCUUUGAAGACCGGAGAUAAAUAUGUAGAAAUUCAGGCUCCAGUGAUUGUUUCAAAUGCUGGUGUGUUCACCACCUUCCAGAAGCUCCUGACUCCAGAGGUCCAGACAGACCCCCAGGUCCAGGAAUAUCUUAAUGCUCUGAAACCAGGCCAAGGAUUUUUCCAGGUAUUUGCAGGCUUCAAUGCCACAACGGAAGAACUAGGCAUUUCCUCAACUGACGUGCGGCUCUAUAAGGGCAGCAACGUUGAUGAGAUGAUGGAGGAGUACUUUGCUUUAGACAAGCAAGAUGCACCUGAUAAUGUUCCAAUGAUGUGUCUUUCCUUCCCCUCUGCUAAGGAUCCCACCUCAAGCACUCGUUUCCCAGGGCAAUCCCGUAUGGUGAUCCAUACUAUGGUCAAUCCAAAGUGGUUUGAACAGUGGGAAAACGUUGAGGCUGAAAGAGGUGAAGAAUAUGAGAACUACAAGAUGAGAUUUGCUAAUCAUCUGUUUGACUGGGCUUGCGUCCGUUUUCCCCAGUUGAAAGAAAAGGUUGCAUUGCUGCAUGCUGUCACUCCCAUCAAUAUGCAUGGCCUAGGAGCCUCCUAUGGUUCCAUGUUGUCUGCAGAGCACAAUCUGGAGAGAUACCAGCCUCUGAACAUUGCCACCAUCAGGUGCAAUACACCAGUCAAGAACCUCUACCUGUCAGGACAAGAUGUCUUCUCUGCUGGUUAUUCUGGAGCUCUACAUAGUGGCCUUCUCUGUGCUUCAACUGUUAUGGAUCGCUGUCUGUAUGUUGACCUUCUGCUCCAACAAAAGAAGCUGAAGAGCAAGCCCAUCAAGAAACUAGAGUGAGGCUGUUUGUUUAAUCAUACGACAAGACCUGUUUUGCUGCAUGUUU